AAAGUGAACUAAUUUAAAUUGUUUUCAAAUUGAAAAAAGGUAGUUUUUUACCUAUUUUUGUCAUCAAAAUGAUCGAAAUACGUGAGAGAAUAAUUAUCCAAGACGAUUGGGACACUGCUUUGAGGAAUGCAAAUGACAAAAUAUGGAUUGGCUUAAAAAAACAUGGCUCUAAAACAAUAUACGGGGAGCUAAAAAUGAAAGAAAAUGUCAUAGAUGAAACCAUUGAAAAUGUUGAGAUUGAAAAAAAAUUACACUCAAAUCAUCAAUCCAUUUUCUCUGCCAGACUCUUGAAGAAUAGACAGAUUAAUGUGUCAUGCAAUGUAAAAAAGCAGAAAAUUGAUGGUGAUGACGAUAAAGAUGGUGGCCGUGAUGAUGAUGAUGAUGGUGGUAGUAGUGACGAGUCGAGAAUCAAUUUAACGUUCAAAGCUCCCGAUCAGAUUUUCCAGAAAGUUCAUAGCUCUUGGAAAACUAUCAACUGCCUGGACGUAACUAACGGUGGGCUGGGGGUUUCAUGCGAUAGCGAGGGUAAUGUCAGAAUAUGGCUGUGUGAAGAUGGCGAAGUCAGGAGAGAGCUAAAAGGUCAUUGUGGGGAGGUAUAUACGAGUAAGUUUUUCCCGUCUGGCCUCGUCGUUUUGACUGGAGGAGCUGACACUCAAUUGAAAAUCUGGUCUGCCGAAGAUGGUAAGUGUGCGGCUACACUGAAAGGUCACAGGCAGGGCGUAACUGACACGGCGAUUGUGGACAGAGGUCGAAAUGUUGUUUCCGCGUCGAGAGAUGGCACAGUUAAACUCUGGGACUGCAGCCAAUCACAGUGCUUGCACACUUUUGAUUGGCUGGACAGUGGACCAAUCAACGCUUGCUAUUUGAUGGGGUCGUGGUCGGGUUUGGCGAUAGCUCCACCCGCUCUUUGUAUUAGUGAUAAAGAAGUUUUAACAGAAGGCAAAAUUUUACUCGUUGCUACGGAGAGAAAUAAAUUAUCAUGCCUGGCCCUACACAACAAGCAGCACAUCUUCACGUACAACACUAAUUCAGCAUGUAACGGCUGCACUAGAGUGUCAGAGUAUGACGUUCUGGUUGGUUGUGACGAUUCAACCUUGCAUUUGGUUGAUGUCAGGAGGGCAAGCUCUGCCGUGAGAAUAUUACAAGAAAGUAGGUCAAAAGUCCUCGCCAUGCUUUCACACGGAGCAGGCUGUUUCAUCUCAACCAGUGAUGGUUCAUGUUUCUACGCUGACGAAUGCCUGAAAACUGGCCAGGAGUUCACUGCUCCAGAUUCCAUAUUUACGAUGUCAGGCGAUGGGAGAUACUUAUAUACGGGCUGUAGGGACGGAUUGAUAAGGAGAUAUAAAGUGGGCUUUUAGAUGGAAUAUUUUAAACUGGGAGGACAUAAUAUGAGAUAACAUAACAUUUAAUAAUGAGCGUAGAUUAAAAUCCAUGUGCUCAUAUCUAAUAUGUGAUAAUAAUUUAAAUGUCCAAAAAACAAUAAUAAUAUGAAAUAAUAUUAAAAAAACUGAUGAAAAAACAUAAAUAAAUAAAAAAAUAUAUAAUUU